AUGGAGGAACCAAAGGUCUACGUUUUACGGGUCUCGCCUGGAUCCCCGGACGGCGAACACAUGGUCACAGUGGUACCAAAUGCCAAGGACAUGUCCAAUCAAGAAAUGCAAGAGAUUCUCCUGGCCGUGGCCACACCAGCGCAUUUGUUUUUCCCCGCACCAGCAGGCUUCGAAUUUUGCCACUUCGAGAUUCGGCUCUGGGCCCCAUAUUAUGAGCUAGAGAGGUGCAGCCAUGCCAUGAUUGGAACUAUGUGGUUACUGUCGAAGCUUGGGAUGACGCCACAGGACAACCUCCACAUCGUGACCAAGGGCGGUCUCAUGGAAGCAAGGGUCAUGAAGGCUGCAGAGGAUACAGACAGACCAAAGGAUGCUGGGACAUCUGGGUCGGAAUAUUCCAUCCAAAGGUUACAAUCCUGGAUGAUAGAUGAACUGGCACCUGCAUCAAGAAUCCAGAAUGCUGGCAUGAGCACGGUGAAGACGCUGCUUCCGCUCCGAUCGAUUGAGAAAUUGAUCGAUAUGGAUUUGGACUAUUGUCGUGCCAAGAAGCUCUGCGACAAGGUUAAAAGCACUGGUUUGUACGUGUAUGUCGUCGUCAACCGCGAACUGCAGAUGUACGAAGCGAGGGAGUUUCCUAAAGAUUUUGGAUCUUGGGAGGACAAUUCGGUUGCUUUGGCUUUGGUACUGCUGCUAAAUGAUUUCCUCCCUAACCCUCAUCAGACAAUCCGGAUCAGACAGGGUUGGGCUAAGGACCGUCGUGGUGAGAUUAAUUUGAGGUUUAGAAAAUGGGGGAAUCAGGUCGUUGGCUGUUGGAUCGGAGGCACUGCCAAGUUUGAAAAUGAGAAGGCAGAGACUGUAAAGAUAAUGCACGAGGAGGCUGAUACUUGGUAG